GGAACAAAUCUUUAGUCUACCGGGACAAGUUGACACAAUCUGGAGUACUCUGUGGGAGAUCGCGGUGCGUUGAGUAGCGAGUGUCAGUUUACUCCGUUAGGAGUGAGGCAGGAAGGGAAAAGCGCGACGUGUGAUUAUUUUCAUUAUUUUUUUUUGUUACUCCGGAGUCUCUCGGACGGUGUUUUUUGUUUCGUUUCGUCGUAGUGUCGAAGGUCAAGGGUCGUCAGGUUUUUCGGGGGUGACUCUGCGUCGAACUAUUUUUUUUUUAAUUUGAUUUUUUGCCUGGGAUUGAUUGUUGGUGCUGAUUUGAAGAGUUUUCGGUUUGGAUUUGUGGGGUAUUUUACAGACGGCCCAACCACGAGGUCAGACGAGUCGACCACCCCGGGGGUGCCCACCCCAUCCCCGUGGCCCACCCUCAGCUUGGAGCUGGACGCGGCGGCGGCCUGGGGUCGCAAACUUUACCCCCCAGGGGCCACCCCGACCCGAACGGGGGCUGGACUCAUGUUCGGGUUACACCAUCAUCAGGAUCCGGGUACCGGGUUACACCACCAUCAACCCCGUGGGCCCAGUUUAAAAGAGGAACCGUUGGCCAGGGGUUGGAUGCAGGGUGGAGUCACUGAUCAAAACGGGUCUACAGUUGGCAGGGCACAUUUCGAAAAACAACCACCCUCCAACCUAAGAAAGUCGAAUUUCUUUCAUUUUGUGAUCGCCCUAUACGAUAGGGCGGGACAGCCUAUUGAAAUCGAAAGAACCGCCUUCAUAGGGUUUAUAGAAAAGGACCAGGAGGCAGACGGUCAAAAAACUAAUAAUGGUAUACAGUACAGGCUUCAGCUCCUUUUUGCAAACGGAGUGCGACAGGAACAAGACAUCUACGUAAGGCUGAUCGAUUCCGUUACAAAACAGGCGAUCAUUUAUGAGGGACAAGACAAAAAUCCGGAAAUGUGCAGGGUGCUACUCACUCACGAGAUCAUGUGCAGUCGAUGCUGCGACAAAAAAAGCUGCGGAAACCGUAACGAAACCCCCUCGGAUCCUGUGAUAAUAGAUCGGUUUUUCUUAAAGUUCUUCCUCAAGUGUAACCAGAAUUGUUUGAAGAAUGCGGGGAAUCCUAGGGAUAUGAGACGAUUUCAGGUAAUAAUUUCGACCCAAGUGGCAGUGGAUGGUCCAUUAUUGGCGAUAUCAGAUAACAUGUUUGUGCACAACAACUCGAAACACGGUAGAAGAGCGAAAAGACUGGAUCCAACAGAAGGUCAGUUUCCCGGACUGUAUCCUCCUCUACCAGUGGCCACCCCUUGUAUAAAAGCCAUUAGUCCCAGCGAGGGUUGGACGGCGGGUGGAUCAACAGUCAUCAUUGUCGGCGAUAAUUUCUUUGAUGGUCUACAAGUGGUUUUUGGUACCAUGCUGGUCUGGAGUGAGCUUAUAACGCCUCAUGCUAUCAGAGUCCAGACACCUCCCAGGCAUAUACCGGGGGUGGUAGAGGUGACGCUUUCGUAUAAAUCGAAACAGUUUUGUAAAGGGGCACCCGGAAGAUUCGUUUAUGUUUCCUUAAAUGAACCGACCAUCGACUACGGUUUCCAAAGGCUCCAAAAGUUGAUCCCCAGGCAUCCAGGCGAUCCAGAAAAGCUUCCCAAAGAAAUUAUCCUGAAAAGAGCAGCAGAUUUGGCAGAAGCAUUAUAUUCGAUGCCAAGGAAUAACCAGUUAUCCCUAACGGGUCCAAGGUCACCAACGAUGGGAAACAACGGGAUGUCCACGUCUUUUAACGCGUACACAGGACAGUUGGCUGUUAGUGUACAGGAUACUGGAAACGAUGAGUACGGACGUGCGCAAAGUAGCAGCGUAAGUCCGAGGGGUGGGGGCUACUGCAGUAACGCAUCUACACCCCACUCCUCAGGAGGGUCGUACGUGGGUGGAGGUGGUGGAGGAGGCAGUCAAAUGACCAAUUACGGUGCUACUACCCCCACCAGUACCAUGGGCAGUAACAUGUUACCAGGCAGUCCUUCGGGAGGAAUAUUCAAUGGGGCACCACCGUGCACUGCGGAAACCUAUUACACGAAAAGCACAAACGACAAGGAAAAGUCGGCUUUUGCACCCGUACUAAAGGGGGGCGAGAGUCCUCCCCAUUAUCCCCCCGCACCCGCCCUAUUUCAUCAUCAAUCGGUUACGGGGUGGCACCAUUUGGCUGUUCAGUAAUAAAUAAAACCCUUUAAACGAAUGUCUUUAGUCUCAUCACCAUUUGCCCCGAUGAACCCUUUUGCCCUACCCACCUGUACCGCCCAGUCGUAUGGUUCGGCCGCCCUCGUCGGACCCACGAAAUAACCCGAACUGUCAACGUACGCCGCUGCAUUUGCGCUUUAGGAUUUUUUCUCUUUUUUAAUUUUUUCAUGUGCAAUUCGAUAACUGGUUUUUGGACCAUUCUGUAUAUAACUUCGUUUGAUUUUUGGGGUUAGGUCGUUUAUUAUUGAUUCGGCUCCGAUGAAGCUCAAUAAAUUGAUUCAAUAUCAAGAAAAAUUGAGGUGGAAAUCUGUAGUAAAUGAAACCCCCUCUGUAUAUAGGUCGCAAGGUGUCUCAAUAUAGUUCGGGUUUUUUUAGAGCAUAAUGAAGGUAUUGACGAAGUGAAUUUUUAUAAUUUUAGUAAUUGAACUUUAUUUGAACGGUUGGGAGAUAUGAGUAAUUGAAAAUUUCUGAUUUCCCAACAAAUUUGGAAGAUGGUUUGUGAAAGAUAAAGAUGAAAAAUUAAAAUCCUCGCGUUAGUUAUAUACAUAACCUAAAAAUCAACAAUUUCAAGUGCUUAUAUCUGAAAAACUAUUAAACCAAAAUAUGGCGUGUGACUUUCUCAGACUUUUCCCUAGAUUCUAAAAAUAGACAAGUCAUUUUAUAUAAAACAACGAAGCUCUUGAUGACCCAUAUCCUAUUGAGAAACCUUGUAUUAAUUUAAAUUUUGUAAAGUAAGUAGACACUAUCAAUCUGUGAUGAUAUUAUACUGACGACUAUUAAAUCUGAUUAUACCGGGUGACCUAUUAUUCACCUUGUAUAAUCGAUUAUUGGAAGCAUCUUGAGCUUGCAUUUUAUGAAUAUACCUAAAAAUCUUGUAUGCACAAACCUUUAGACAUAUCUAAAUAAAAAACGAAAUUCAAAUAUUUAAAUACAAAAUUAAAAAGUAUACAUAUCGCUUAAAGCUGGGAUUCUAAACUUAGAUGUAAGCUUUGUAUAAAAAGGUGUAUAAAAGUUGUAUUAUAAAGGGGUAUAAGUAGACGUUAAGGUUUUAAACAACGAUAAGUUUUAAACAUAUUUUGUAAAGGUAUCAUAUCAUACGUGUAGAAACGGUUUUAAAAAAAUAAUAAUUUUUUUUCUCCACAAGGUAUACGAAAAAAAAAUUAUCUAAAAGCACAUAUAAUUACAAUAUUAAAUAAUAUUCUAUUUAUCAUAUUUUUGUCAUAUCUCUUAUCGGUAAAAUUUAAA